AAUGGGAAUGCAUUAAAGUUUGUAAUGCAGCUAAAAAAAUAAUGUAAACAAUACCGAGACACUACAAAACAAAUCACCUACCUUGCACUCUUUUCUCUGAGCUGUGCCUCUGGCUCUGGCUAUGGCUGAGACUGUGCCUGCCAUGUGUUCGAAACUUUGUUCUCAAAUCUAGCACACCUUUUCAUCAUAUAAAUCAGAGCCUUUAAGCAAAACCAAGUUUCCCAAACUCAAAAAUAACCUCACUUUCCCCCUUUGUUCGUCAAAACAUGGUACCAACCUCCUCACUUAAGUGUGUUCUUCUCCUCUUUUAUUAUACUUCUUCCUUUAACUUGUUAACCCUCCUGGCUGUGCCCUCAACAUAGGAGCUGAAACCACUGGAGUAGCUGUCUCUGUGAGCAAAGAGUGCAGUAGACAAUGUGAGUCAAGUUUCUGCUCAGUGCCUCCAUUAUUGCGAUAUGGCAAAUAGUGUGGACUUUUGUAUAGUGGGUGCCCUGGUGAAAGACCUUGUGAUGAUGGCCUUGAUGCUUGUUGUAUGAAGCAUGAUCAAUGUGUGCAAGCCAAAAACAAUGACUACCUAAGCUAAGAAUGUAGCCAAGCAUUGAUAAACUGUAUGAAUAACUUCAAGAACUCGAGGGCUCCUACAUUCAAAGGAAACACGUGCGAUGUGGAUGAUGUUGUUGAAGUAAUACAAUUUGUGAUGGAAGCCGCUUUACUGGCUGGAGGGAUUCUCCACAAGCCCUAGAGAAAUGCAGUCUACAUUUUAGGGAGAAAAAGGAAGUUAAAGUAGAUUAAAUGCAUUUGAGGCAGAGUAAAGCAAAACUGCAAUACAGUUUCGUUGAUGGUGGGAAGAUAAGAAGAUCCGAGGAGUGGAAAAAAGAAGUGAUGGGAGGAGAAAAAGAAGAAGCUUCAAGAACUCCAUUGCUCUCCGACAGAAACCCUUCCACUUGGACAUAUGGCAGUAUCCUGGUGGUGGCUUCCUUGUGGCUCCUGGUGGCCCUGUCCCUAGCCCUCUACUUCUCCUCAGCCCCCGUCUCCUCCUCGCAGCUCCCUCACCCCGUCGUGAUCCUCGUUUCCUCCGACGGCUUCCGCUUCGGAUACCAGUUCAAAACCCCCACUCCCAACAUCCGCCGUUUGAUUCAGAAUGGCACGGAGGCUGAGACCGGCCUCAUCCCCGUCUUCCCCACCCUCACAUUCCCCAACCACUACUCCAUCGUCACCGGCCUCUACCCUCCCCACCACGGCAUCGUCAACAACCUCUUCUACGACCCCAUCACCUCCGAAAAGUUCUCCAUGUCCAACCACGACCCCAAGUGGUGGCUUGGCCAGCCCCUCUGGGAGACCGUCCUCCUCAACGGCCUCUCCGCCGCCACCUACUUCUGGCCGGGCUCCGAGGUCCACAAAGGCCCAUGGAAUUGCCCAGAGGGCUUCUGCCAACCCUACAAUGGCUCUGUCCCCUUUGAGGACAGAGUCGACACCGUUUUGAGCUACUUCGAUUUACCCCCUCACCAAAUUCCCUCUUUCAUUACUCUAUAUUUUGAGGAUCCUGAUCAUCAGGGUCACCAGGUUGGACCUGAUGCUGCUGAGAUCACUGAUGCUGUUGCCAGAAUCGACAGCUUGGUUGGGAGGCUCAUCGAUGGCUUGGAACAGAGAAGCAUUUUCGAGGAUGUUCAUGUUAUUUUGGUCGGUGACCAUGGCAUGGUAGGUACAUGUGAUACAAAGCUUGUCUCUUUGGUUGAUUUGGCACCUUGGGUGGAGAUCCCUCGAGAUUGGAUCCAGUAUUACACCCCAUUGCUGGCUAUUCGCCCUCCUCCUUCCGUUGAUCCAGCGUAUGUUGUUGCUAAGAUGAACGAAGGGUUGAGCUCUGGGAAGGUUGAGAAUGGGGGGAGGUUGAAGGUUUAUCUGAAGGAGGAUUUGCCUGAGAGGCUUCAUUAUUCGGACAGCGAUCGGAUUACGCCCAUUGUUGGUUUGGCUGAUGAGGGUUUCAAGGUUCAGCUGAAUCGAACGGGUAAGAAGGAAUGUGGCGGUGCUCAUGGUUAUGACAAUGCGUUUUUCUCCAUGAGGACUAUUUUUAUUGGACAUGGUCCUAGGUUUCCCAGAGGGGGGAAGAUACCCUCCUUUGAGAAUGUUCAGAUUUAUAAUCUUGUUACUUCCAUUCUUGACAUCAAGGGUGCGCCUAAUGAUGGCUCUGCCACGUUUCCGGAUUCUGUUCUUCUGCCUACUACUGCGUGACAACGUAAAUUGUUGAUUUCCAAUCAGAAUUGAAGUUUCACAUUCAUUAUCUAUCUUCACCUUUAAUGCAUUAUUAUUAUGCAGGUUGUUGAGAUGAAACUUAACUUUUGUAUUGCAAAAUAAAUAAGAUGUUGCAGUUUCUGAAAUGGUGAAUUUAGAUGUUGCAGUAGCAAUAAGUGUAUAAUGUAUUAAUUUCUUGGCUUAAUUCAGUUAUUGGGCUGGAAGCCUAGUAGAAACUGCAUUAUCUGUGGAAAGGGACAGCACCCAAAUGACAUAUAUUACUAUGUUGUUUGGUUCUAUGAAUGGAUCCACAUGCAAUAUUUCCCUUUUGGAUUGAUGUUGAGUUCUAUAUUACUCUACCCUUUUGCUGCUAUUCUGUUUUUAGGAGUGGUAAAUCAUGUGUUUCAACUUUUUUUCAAAUGGCUAAUGAUUGUUGUCUACUUGUCUCCCAGCUCCCAAAUGUUAGACACUGAUUCCAUUGUUAACUUUGGCAUUUCACUGAAUUGGUCCUCUUUCCAUUUCAGUUUGGAAAAUGUCUUUGAUGACAGUACUUUUCAUUAACUCACUGAUAUACUCUACUCUUUUACUCUCUGUAAAUAUUUCUGGCGUAUUACUUGUAUGAUCAAUGAAUCAAUGGUGCUACUUUUUGUA